AUGUUCAACUCGACAGUGGUAGCGGCCUUUGAGGUGAUGUCGCAUGUGCCAAAAGCAGCGAGGGACUCCCUAAUCGACGAGAUUACACAAGCUGGACGAGGGGCGGGGGGACUGAGCCCCGACCUGACCAGGAGGAUACUGACCGACUACGAGGAGCAUCCUGCUGAGUCGGGGGGAUUGCUGGAAGCCUUGGUUUCCAAUCACUGUUACACCGUCAUCGACCGCUUGUGUACUCGAGGGGCCGUCAGUGAAGUGGCAGAGGCUUUAGCCAGGACCGGCGACGUCAUCCGAUUAUCUCCUCACAACACUCGGAAGUGCAUCGAGACUUACCUAUUGGGCAACUGGGAAGGCGCGUCUUUACUCGGCCUUGUCGGACUACCUUUCACGGAACUGGCUAAAGCCCAACCCUCUACUAGCGAUUACCUCCUUAGCACUGUGUGGCAGCAGCAUGCCUUUGCUCCGGACCAGGCUGUGAUGUUGGUAGACUACGGCGGACCAGACGUGUUCUUGCCGCCUUUGGGCAAGCUGUGGGCGGGCCCUCUUCUACCAGUCGCCCACACCCAAGCCAUCGCUGUUGCCGCGGUGACCUUGCUGCGAUACCGUCCAGGCUCGCUGGAUCAGGAGGUGGCUCAAUCGCUGUUGGACGGCGUCCAUAACCGGCUUGGCAACGUCGACCCUGACCAGCGAGCCAUCGCGAUGGCUUUGAUGGAGGUGGUGGCUAGGAAGGUCUGGGCCUCCGAUAGCAAGGUGUUCCCCCGAGGACCAGACUCAGAGGAAGGUGCUGAAUCCUGGAGGACCAUAUGGAGGGCAGGAAUGGGUGAAGAAUGGCGGGACUCAUCAGCCUCGGGUCAGAAGCAGCAGGCCGAGACACCUUCCAGUCCUUCGUCGAAGGGUGAUGCGAAGGGAGUCCACUUGAAGAGUCGACUGGUUGAAGCCUUGUCGGCCUUCGACCCUCUACCCGCUCUCCAGCCUGUUGCCGAAUCAACCGUAUCCCAUGGAGACAAAGGAGCUUGGUUGGCAUCGUGUGACGCCAAGUUGGCGGCUCCUGCCAUAAAUGAACCUCUGGCUGUGGUUGACGGCGAUCUACCGAGUAACAUGACUCUGGGUAGCUUAGUCAUAGCUCGAGCCUCGAAUCAUGAAGGUCCUGUGGAAGAGCGUAUUCGCGUCCAGUCCGCCAUGGCGGUUCUUCCCGCAGCGAUCGCGGCUGCGAGUGCAUCAGAGCUGCGUCGUGUUGGGCCAACGACGAUCUAUAACCUUAUCACGCAUGCUCGGGGAGAUGAUGCUGACACUACACAAAACAUUGCGAGGCAUCUUGCAGGGCAACUCGUCGCUAGGGACUGCGUUGAGAACUCCACAGAGAGUAGAUGCUUACGAUACGUGUUACAGUGCGUUGAGAAGGCUGACUGGGCAGUAGGUACUCGCGCUGAAGCUAUGAAGGUGUUGGUAGAGGCUUCUAUGAUUCUAGCUGGACGUGACGGUGACGACAGUGGUACCAACGAGGCGGAGAGGCCAGUCGGGUUCGCUACUAGCCGAACCCGGCGCAGGAUGGGCUUGAGGGAGCUCGAGAAGUCUGGUCAGAAGUCCAACCGAUGGAGCCAGGGCGGUGGUCGGCACGGGGACAGUCGAGCGACCAAAAAUCGCUUCGUAGCACAAUGGAUGCCUCUCUUCGUGCAUCCUAUCCUCGCCUACUCCCAGUCGAAGCGGUGUACAGACCAACCGGUACUGCUAGCUGAGUGUCUGCGGACAUCAGGGCAACUCCUCCAGUCAGCAGCAGUCUCCGCCCGAAAUGCUCCUCAUAGAAAACAAGUCGUCGACGAGGUUCUCGAAGUAGUUAGAAACACAUCCCACCACAAGGAUGCAACCGUCAGGAAGGCGUGUAUGAUGCUGUGCACUUGUGUGUUGCCUCUGAUUGGUGAGUAA